AUGUCAUCUGCCCUAUACAAACAAAACACAAAUUUUACUCAUUCCACGGGUUCCUUUUUGCAAAGUGCACCUGUUGAGUUGACCACAGUAAGUGGAUAUCAAGAGUUUCUGAAAAAGCAACAGAAGAAAAACAACGAAAUUCAAACAGUAUUAAGCGAAGAUAAAUCGCACGGUUAUGUGCUGAAGGACGGUGAAGUCAUUGCUAAUAUCAUUGGUGAGGCUAAAGACUACCUCUUGGAGCUGGCCGGCCAAGCCUGA